UAGACGAAUAGGUGGCAAAUUGAAUUCCAAAAAAUGUGAUUCAAGCACUGUUCUAAUUAGAGGGACCAAAAUUGAUCCUUGCGGCGGACGGCUUCAGUCACAGGGAGCCGAGAAAGGCAUUCACGGGAAAAAUCAAAGAUGGUGUCUGCUGCCGUAACAAGUGCUGCAAGUGCUCAACUGUUUAGGCAAGCAGAGGAACUCAAAGCUACAAUUUCAGGAAAAUAUGCUGACACCACGGACCAUUUUUCAGAAGAAUUUGUGCAACGUAAGAACUUGCAGGAAAUAUACAAGACUAUACUGCUUACAGAUCUGCAAUAUGCUUUAAACAAAAAAGUAGAGUUAGAACUAUGGAAUAAUGCAUUUAAAGGCCACAUUGAUUAUCUGAGGCAAUGCUUAAAAGAGAAGCGGGGGUCAGAAAAGGCAGAGCUGCAAGCAAAAUUAUGUUUUUUCAUUGAUUCAUCUGUGGGCUUCUAUCUCCAGUUGUUGCAAGAAUUUUGCGAUUGCUAUGAACUGGAAUUGCCAUUCAGGACAAAAGCAAUCAAUUUAGGAAUACUUCAAGGCCCUAUUAUAUCAGAGUGUAAACCAGUAAAUCAAUUGAGGCCAAAGAUCAGCUCAUGUUAUUACAUCUCACAAGACUGUCUUGUUCACUUAGGAGACCUGGCACGGUACAGGAACGAUGUGGCGCAAGCGGAGUCAUACUACAAACUGGCGUCAACAAUUAUCGCUGUUAAUGGUCAACCCUACAACCAACUUGCUAUUAUUGAAAGUGCUAAAGGCGACCAACUUAAAGCAGUCUUCUAUUACUGUAAAAGUGCUCUGGUCCAAAACCCGUUCCCGCCUGCCGUAUCCAACUUGCAGAAGACCCUACACCAAUUCUGCACAAGACAGAACUUUAGCAUUCUGUCGAAGACAUGUUGCACAAACCUCGAUGAUCUAAUUUCCCUUUAUCUUCAAUAUCUUGGCUCCGUCUAUUUAGUUCUCAACAUUGACAAAAUUGGUUCUCUUCAUGAAAGAAUGUUGGAUGAUCUAGAGGCCCUCAGUGAUGAUUUGACAAGCGAUCAACUGCUGAAUAUGGCGCUGAUAACAAUAUUCACACUCUACAAAAGCAAACCAAAGGAAGAAGACAGUCAAGAAGAUUGCAUUGCUGAAGACGAAAUCGAAGUCUGGAAUUUGAUUUCUUCGUUCACCGCAUCUUUCUAUACUUUGCUGGUCACACUUGCGUCUCGUUAUCAAAAACUGGAUGACAAAGAGGACGAGAAUAAGUUUCUGCCUUGCGUCAAAAUAUUAUCAGACUGGAUUCUGUGUUCGGGGUCUUCUAUUUUGAUGGAAGAAGCUUUCGAUAGAAACAAAGAGCUUUAUAAAAGUCUAACAUUGCUUGGUAAUGGAUUGCUUGUUAAAGCUACGGAGAUUACGUCCCCAACCGCCUUGCCUCUGCCAGAAGAUCGUGAAGUGCGUGGCUUCUUUCCGCUGAGAAGAAUUCACAGACGGCUACAAUUCAAACACAGUGACAAGGAUUCAAUCAAUGUUCAAAGCUUGCGUGCGUAUAGAAUCAUUUCCUACAUCAACUGGCUGUGUCAACAGGAGCCUGCCUCAAGAUACAUCGCAAAAGGAGAAAGCAACGGGAAUGCCAGAUUUUUCUUCCUUCAGGAAGACCCCGUCAACGAUAAGCAUUCGCCUAAGGAACUGAAAACGAGCACUAAUGAUUUUGAUGUGGCGGUCAGAGAGCUAUUCGAUGCGUUGCCGGAUCUCCAGGGGAGAACCCAUCAAGCACGAAGCAAAUCUCCGUUUAGAGAGACAAGAUCUUUGUUCAGAACUGAUUCUGAAGAACAGGGAAUCAAAGACGUCCCUGUGGUAUCUGGUCCUGUUGCUUCGUAUUCAUUGUUCGAUUCGCCGUGGAGUGUCCCUUUGAACAGGUCUCCAACCAAAGAGUCGUCAUCAGAUGAGCCAGGCUAUUCGGAACUGUUUGAAAAGCUAACCCUGGAUGGUGAGGCCAGCCCGCAACCAUCAGCGUUUGCUGGUAGCGAAGUAGAAGCUAUAACAACAUCAGAAAUGUUCCCAAAAUCUACAAGGUCUGUAAACAUCGGAGUAUUCCCAUCCUCGGCCACGUCAGCUAACGCACAGUCGCGCCAUCUUCACGCUAAGCAGCGAGACAACCGGCCUCUACCCUCUUCUCCAAUGGCAAGUCAAAUCCCAAACCACCCUAUACAACAACAGCUAACAAGAAUUGCCAUGAACAACCCACAUAUUGCACAGUCUAGUUUCUACGGCCAGGCUGUUGGCCCUAACAGAAUACCAGCUCGUGUCGAGGGGCCAGUCCUUCAGCAAAAUCAUGUCGGAAUCAACAAUGCGGGUAUAGCCAUCAAUCAACACCCUUUGUCAUUUGUUGGGCCAGUUCCACGUGUACCAAUAGCUGUGCAGCAAGGCAUGUCCCACCCAGGACAUUUUCCAGCUUUUGUGCCACCAGUGGUGCCAAAUGGUGCAGUGUUUGGGGCUAUUGGUCAAACCCCGCGGUCGCAGUAUCAAAACAACCAGGGCCAUAUCCACCAGCAUCCUCCAAAUACAAUCAAUUUUACACCCCCUGAAUCACCUGGCCUUUCUCGGAAUUCGCCACAAGGAAACCAGUCAAUAUGGAGCUCAAAUUUUGGAUUUGGCCAUGGUGCAAUGUCCCCGUUGGAACAGUUGUUAAGUGACCAAAAGAGGACCCAACAGCCACCAGUGCACCGGAAACCAACGAAGUGAAAUUCUUGGAAGGGAAAACCUCAUCAAAUGCUUCCUGGCAUCUAAUUGUUGAGACAUGUGUCUCUUGCUUUCCUGUGGAAUUUAUCUACAGCCAUUAACCAAGGUAGUAGCUUUCUGCUACGAGGUUCGAGGUGUUUGUUGCCUCAAUGAGCACUAAGUGAGCCGUAGCGACGUGGUUUUAGUGCAUUUUCCAGUUGAUAGGCACUGUUUGUACGGGCAAGGUUUAACAUCAACUACAAUAGUUUCAAUUUGACUUGAUGAUAUAUCAGAAGAAAUUUCUGGCUAGCGCCAUUAUGAGAAGCAUCAUAUUGAUAAAGUUUAAUUGCAGUUUCUGUGGAUUGCCACCAGUUUUAUGGUUUGCUUUGUUAAAUUGAAUUCCUUGGAAAACGUCUGGUAGUUUAUGAAGCUGAAAUGCCUAGUGUUAAACGUGGAAAGACGUUCGUUGUCGCUUCCACUUUCACGUAGAAUGUAUCAUUUAAUAACUCAGUUCAGAUUUAGACUUUGAAAUGUACCAGUUGUAUUUUAAUGUACCCUGAAAAAUGGUAAACGAGCUGAAAUUUUUGUGUUUAUCGUUAGUUUGUUUUUGAACUCUGAAGUUAUUAUUAGCUUGUCAAGGCUAGGAAUCCGACAAAAAGAGCACUUGAACUUAGAGCACUAUCCCAAACUAAUUCUGUAGUACCACCGUCAUCACUUUACAAUUGCCAUUGCUUCGGUCUGACUGAUGAGAUUAGACCCUCUUAUAACAAAUUCAAAUGAUCGAGGGUCUGUUUGUUUAAUUUUUGAUUUGAUAAAUACUCAUAAUAAAGUUUAAUUCUUACUAAUAGAGAAUAGAGUAUUUCACAGUUAAGCCCCGCAAGGAUAAGAUUACGAAACAAAGUGCGAAAAAUAGGAAAUUAAGUAAGCAACUUAUUAUUGAGGAAAGUUGAAUGGAAGUUUUGUUGAGCAUGUUAACGUUGUGGAAUAGCAAUUGUCACUUAAUUUAGGCUUUGAAGCUCUGAGAUGUAAUCUGGUUACUGCGCAGGAUCGUAGUGACUUAAGUUGUUGAAAACACUAGCCUCAUAUUGCUUCCUUCUAGCAUCCCACAUGGAAGUAUAAUUUGAAAACCGUAGAAGAAUUAAGGUAUUAAUAUCAACAACAUUUAAAAUAUAACAGAUUGUAAUGUUUUUUUCAAACGCUAAGGAUCAUUAGUAAGACCAAUUCCUGUAAUAACAAUAGAACUCACUCAUUCACAAUUAUUGUAGCCUUAAACCCCCGUUAUGCCUAGCCCUGGAGACUGCAAAAAUGCUUAACUGUUCUAUGCAAGUGGUCUGCCUUUUAGGCCAGGCACGUUUCAUGGUUUGUGAGUUAUAGGAUGAGUAGUAAUUAUGCCACAAGCAUAAUUUGCCUUUCAUCCAGACAUCGUUUACCCAUUUUGCCCCUAGAACCCCCAAGUAGCCCUUAAAAUGAAUGACUAGGUUGUUCAUAUCUGUUUUCUAUAUGUUUGUUGAUUUUGCAACAUUAAAAGCAAUAGCAGUAACUGUACUUUUUAGAAAAAGUGAAUACUAGAUUUUGUAGAUUUAAGUCCACGUACUUAAUUGUUUCAAAUUGCCAAUUCAGUUUUAAUUAAUAAGAUUCACUGUAAAAAACAAACCCAAUGAAUUUGAUUUAGCAACAAAUGACAUUCGUUUUUCAUCUUUUGUUUUCUGGUAUGGCCUGAUCCAGUGUCCUCAGAAUGAAAUUCAUAUGUGCAGGGAGGGGGGGUGGGUGCUGCCUGUUAUAUUGCUUCCUAUUCAGUACACUUUUAUAACGAAAAUAAAGUACAGUUUGAUAAUUAUUGGGGGCUCCAGCACCCUAGCCCCCAUUUACGUAAACUUUGUGAUCACCGGUCUUGUGCUCAGUUUUGAAACUAAAAUAGUUUCUGAUCGGAAUACAUUUCUAGAUAUGAAUAAGAGCGAAUCUGAGAUGGGAACUACAGAAUCUUUCGCCAGUAUUCUUUGUGAUAUUGGUGAUUUGUGAUUUCUUUUAUUACAUCAUUACUUUCUUUUAUUUCAAUAUUUAUGGCUAAGAUAUUGGUUUUUCAGAUUUUACUUGGUAUAUCAUACAUAAAAGAAAUUACUGUCAGUGGUUACUACGAAUAUUAAAAAUUAAUAAAGUUAAGUCAUGAUUUUGAUUCCAUAUUGGGUAUUUAUUAGUACGAUAUUUGUUUUGACUAUGAAAUUUAAAUUAUACAGAAAUUUUUAAAUACUUGACAGGUCUAACUUAAAUUUGUUAUGACGUUUAAUAUUGUUUAAAUUUAAGCAUAUCGUC